GUUGCCAUCGUGAGAACGAGUCGUGUUGAUCUCAGAAGUCAUCAUGGCGCUCACUUCCUCAGUCAAAGAGCACCCAUACAGCCAUCUGAUUGACACACUGAAAGAUGGCAAACUCAAGUUCUUCAAUCCACAGAAAUUAAAUGAUCCAAGAUAUGAGAAGCUGCCUUUGUCCAUUCGUGUUCUAUUGGAGGCAGCCAUUCGGAAGUGCGAUGGCUUUUAUACGAAAGAGGAGGAUGUUCAGAAUAUUCUGGACUGGCAGCAGCAGCAGAACACAGCCGAGGUGCCGUUCCCCCCAGCUCGAGUCCUUCUCCAGGACUUCACGGGCAUACCCGCCAUGGUGGACCUUGCAGCCAUGAGAGACGCAGUAGCCAAACAUGGUGUGGACCCAGGCCUCAUCAGCCCGAUGUGCCCCACUGACCUCAUUGUAGACCACUCGCUACAGAUUGACUUCAGCAAAUGUGCCAUACAGAACGCACCGAACCCGGGUGGAGGGGACGUCCAAAAUCAGAGCCAGGCACAUCCUCGUUCCACCCCUCCCCGGCCUCUGCCUAGAGGAGGCUCGCAGUGUGGCAGCCAGCGGAGCUCCUGUAGUAAAAGUGGAUGCAGUGACCCCCCAACAUCCCCAGGUCACCCUCCAGCCUCUGUCCAGCAGAUAGAGAACACACCCCUCCUCUGCCCUUUCCACCUGCAGCCUGUCUCUGAACCCGAAACAGCCUUGAAGAAUCAGGAGAUGGAACUGAUCAGAAAUAAAGAGAGGCUUCAGUUCUUUAAGUGGUGUUCCAAAGCGUUCAAGAACGUGAACGUGAUACCUCCAGAUGUUGGCGCAGUCCACCAGGUGAAUCUGGAGUAUCUGUCCAGAGUGGUCCAAGUCAACGACGAGUUCAUCUACCCCGACAGUGUUGUAGGAACUGACUCACACACCACCAUGAUCAACGGCCUGGGCAUCUUGGGCUGGGGUGUCGGGGGAAUUGAGUCAGAGGCUGUGAUGUUGGGCCAGCCGGUGUCUCUGACCCUUCCCCGGGUGGUGGGAUGUAAACUGGUGGGCUCCGUCAACCCACUGACCACCUCCAUAGACAUUGUCCUGGGCAUCACCAAGCACCUGCGACAAGCUGGGAUUGCUGGAAAGUUUGUGGAGUUCUUUGGACCUGGUGUUUCCCAGCUGUCGACCCCGGACCGCACCACCAUUGCCAACAUGUGCCCAGAAUACAAUGCUACUGUCAGCUUCUUCCCUGUAGACCACGUCACACUUAAGCACUUUAAAAAGACAAACUUUACCCAGGAAAAACUUGAACUGCUGGAGUCUUACAUGAAGGCUGUAAAACUUUUUCGAAGCUAUGAGGACCCUUCAGAAGACCCCCACUAUUCAGAGGUGAUUGAGAUCAACCUGAGCUCCAUCAUGCCACAUGUGAGUGGGCCAAAAAGGCCUCAGGACAGAGUGGCAGUCAACAGCAUGAAGGAAGACUUCCGGAGGUGUUUAGAUGAGAAGGUCGGCUUUAAAGGCUUCCACAUCUCUAAGGAGAAGCAGGGGACCCAGGUUCCUUUCUUGCACUGUGGCCAGGAGUACCAGCUAGCUCAUGGCUCGGUGGUCAUCGCUGCCGUCAUUAGCUGCACCAACAACUGCAACCCAUCUGUCAUGCUGACUGCAGGUCUUCUGGCCAAGAAGGCUGUGGAGGCGGGGCUUGUGGUCAAGCCUUAUAUUCGGACCAGUCUGGCUCCUGGAAGUGGCAUGGUCACUCACUACCUCAAUACCAGCGGAGUCCUGCCGUACCUCAGCCAACUGGGGUUUGAGGUGAUAGGCUACGGCUGUGCCACCUGUGUAGGGAACACAGCGCCGUUACCAGAUGCAGUCGUUGAUGCAAUCAAACAUGGGGAUCUGGUGGCUUGCGGAGUGUUAUCUGGCAACAGGCAUUUUGAAGGACGCCUAUGUGACUGUGUGCGUGCCAACUACCUGGCUUCACCUCCCCUGGUAGUAGCUUAUGCCAUUGCAGGCACUGUGGACAUUGACUUUGAGAAAGAGCCUUUAGGUGUGACAUCGGAUGGGAAGGAGGUGUACCUGCGUGAUGUCUGGCCAUCCAGGGAGGAGGUUCUGCAGACAGAGGAGGACACUGUUAUCUCCUCAAUCUUCAGGGAUCGCACAGGCAGGAUGGAGAAAGGGAACUCGUUUUGGAACAACCUUGACUGCCCAGAUUGUGUGGUUUUCCCCUGGGAUCACAAGUCCACAUACAUCCGUUCUCCAUCUUUUUUCAACAAAUUGAGUAAAGACCCACAGCCUCCGCAGUCUAUAGAGAACGCCCAUGCCUUACUAUUUCUUGGGGACAAGGUGACCACGGACCACAUCUCACCUGCUGGCAGCAUCGCCAGGGUCAGCGCUGCUGCCAAGUACCUGCUGAGCAAACGCCUGACACCACGGGAGUUUAACUCAUACGGCGCACGCAGGGGGAAUGAUGCAGUGAUGACCCGAGGCACUUUCGCAAGCAUCAAGCUCCAAAAUCGCUUCAUCGGCAAACCAAGUCCCAAGACGUUGCACAUUCCUUCAGGCCAGACACUGGAUGUCUUUGAGGCAGCAGAGCGCUACCAGAGAGACGGCAUUCCCCUCAUCAUCCUGGCAGGCAAAGGCUAUGGCUCUGGAAACUCCAGGGACUGGGUAGCCAAAGGACCAUACCUGCUGGGAGUGCGUGCAAUCAUUGCUGAGAGCUUCGAGAAGCUGCAUAAGACCCAGCUGGUGGGCAUGGGCAUCAUGCCCCUCCAGUUCUUGCCUGGCGAGAGCGCUGACUCUCUGGAGCUCUGCGGGAAGGAGAGGUUCACCAUCACCCUGCCAGACGACAUGAGUCUGAGGCAGCAGCUCACUGUCAAGACCAGCCAAGGGAAGACCUUCUGUGUCACAGCUCUGUUUGAAAGUGAAUCGGACCUUGUCUUUUACCGGCAUGGAGGACUCCUCAGAUACGUUGCUCGGACCAUGCUCUGAAACAUCCAGCAGUCCGUUCCAAGCCAUCCGAAUGUGCACUGAGUGAAUUAACUGCGGCCCUCACCAUUUCACAGAGGUUUUCUUCAGCUUGGGCUAGAAACAGCUCAUAAGAGCAGCAUAAAGGCUAAUGCUCUGUUUGAGCUGCGUUAGCAUCUCCAGACUCUUACUCCACCUUGGAGAGAUGAGAACUCAGUUUCAAGGCCUGUAGGAGAGCUGCUUGUCCUGCAGGAGACAGCUGUUUCUGCAACUACGUUUGUCAUCGAAAGAAGGCCAAAACAAUGUGGUCACAUUCACAAUCAACAGAGCGCACUCAAACCAGACUUGACAGAAGACUUUUGUACAUCAGCUUUUGUUGAGAGUCCUUCAAAUGAUUCGAGAUAUCAUUUGUAAAAAGGAAGGGGGUUGGCCAACAACAUACCGGUCCUUCCUGGUUUUGAACACAACCAAACUAGCCAUCCCCUGACAAAGUAAAUAAAUGAAUAAACUCCCAAAUUGCCUCGAAAGAGUAAGAUGCUUGCUGUCUUGGUUUCAGGUGCAGUAUAGCCUGUUUUUUUCCCCCAAGAUCCCAAGCAAAGUCAGACAAAAAUUUUGGAAAAUUUCAAAACUUGAAGAAGAAGAAGAAUCAGUUUCAGUUGCCCAGUGGAAAUCAGCAAAUUCUCAUCUGUCCUCCUAAAUUUCUCUUUUUAAUCAGACCAGAAAGCUUCCUUAAUGGAAAUUCAUGGACAAGUAUAUUGCAUCUCAUGUAUAAGCAGUCAAAAUGGCCACUUAUACAUCCAGUACACACACUGCUUAAAAUGUAAUUGGAAAAAAUUGUGGUACAUGCCUUUUUGCUGGGCACUUGUACCCCUUACCAGUUAGUCACGUGUGUAAAAAUAGCUGACAUACAGUCCUCUAUCAUGUGAAUCACAAAAGCGCUUUUCAACAUCAGUAGUCACAAAACUGAAUCAAGUUACACUGUGGCAAAUGUCCACCUUGCCUUAAGCUUGAUGAAUUUUGGGCAUUAAAAAAAAUCUGUAUUAAAAAAAAAUUAUACAAAUGCAUAUUUGUAUGGAAAGGAUAAAACAAGAUAUUACAAGAUAGUAUUUAUUAUUAUUAAGUAUUAUCACAAAUGGCAAAAACUAGUUUGUCAGCUGUGCUGGUGCUGAUGGCAAAAGAUAGUUCGAGUGGUGUUCUCGGCUAUGGUUACACCUAUUUCAAUGUGAUUUUGAAUUUCUGAUUGAAAACAUUGAGUUGGAUGAAGUGGUGAAUGUCUAGACUUGGCCUAAAAAUGGCUUUUAUGUUUCUCCUUUGGUUCUGUUCAUAUCUCUCCUUUGGUUCCACUACUUAGCCAGAGCUUUACCACAUUUACAUCUGGUUUAGAAGAUUUGACAUCUGUGUUGGCAGAUAUAUUUUUAAAAACAGACUUAGCACUUAAUGUGACUUGAUGUGUUCAGAUGGUAAAAGCUGCGUUGGAAUGACAAGCGUAGCUGUAGCCCUUCAUCUCUUUGUUGCUUCUCAUUGUGAUGUACGUCGACAUCUGUGUCCAGCGAUGGGAUCUGUUCGCUUUCCGGUCACAUCAGCAAGUGGACAGGUCAAAUUUCAAGUAUCGGAAAAACCUAUUGCAUGAGGAGGCUGUCAAAUCCAACCCAGUGAGAACUACAACUUAAUGUCAGUUUGGAUUGGCCUUGCUUAUAAUACAAAUAUUGUUCAUUUCAUUUAUUGUGAGGUACUGGCCUUAUUUAUCAAGGUUUACACCAAUUUAGCUCGUAUACAGUUUCUCAUUCUUUUUGUUUGCAUCACCUCUGUGAUUUGAUAUUUGUGCAUGUACAAAUCAUUUUGACCCCCUUAACUUUUUCGUUUGUUUGCUUGAUUGUUUUGUUAGACAACAGCCCUAUUUAAAAUUUAAAAUCAUCCAUCCAAUGCAACAUGUCAUAUUUUGAACAUGGAUUUGGAACAUUAGCCUUUAUGCAUAUAUUUUUAGAGAGCAUGAUAUUGUGUUGGCUGUUACGAAACGUGGUUGUUUAUCAUAGUAAUUUAUUGAUACUUACGCUCUCCUAUAAUAUUUUGAAACCAUGAACUGCCUGAACUGUUGCAAAACCCUUUUUAUUAAGAGUGAACAAAGACAGUGUUUUGCCUUGUCAGACUGCCAAAAUAAGCUGAAGCCAAGUAGCAGACUGUCCUGUCUUGAUGUCAUUUGCUGUUUUGGGUGCCUCAUUCUGUGAAGAUCAUACUUUUGCCAGAGUCUGUUGGGUUCUACACUGCUUCUCACACCAAUUACCAUUACAGUUUUCAGGACAUGUAGGGUUCCUCUGUUUUUGUUGUGAUUUGGCAUGGUACUCCUUCACAGUAACACAGUUCGCCUUCAUGCGUUGAACUUGAAUUUGAUGGAAAUGCAUCUCUUUGAUUGCUUGGUGGAAGUUUCUGGACAGAAGUGUUCGAGCGGCUCUGCACGAAGGCUUACCUGUACUGUCAAUAUUUCGUGCAGCAUGUAUUCCACUAUUGCUGCCUCUUUUCCAUCUUCAUUAUCCCCCACACUUAACAGGAGCAGUGUAUGCAAACCAAGUGCAUUGUUGCACACAUGAGAAAGUGUCUGGAUGUCUGUAAUUCUGAAUCAUCGCAUUGUAAAUAGUUUUUAAUAAAUGAAAAUGACGCAAAGCUGGUAGCUGUCUGUGAGAAGUCAGCAGAGUUCAACUGGUGUGCUGUGUGAACUCAAAAUAGGAAAGUAAAUAGGUGCAGAUUUCACAGCUAAAUGUGGAUUUGGGCAGCCAUAUCACCAGUUUACCUCUCUGAAAUCAUUAGCAUGCACCAGAUAAGUAUUAGAGCUUUGUUUACAUGUUAGCUUGUUAAUGAAGCCCCAGUGCAGCACAUAUGCUUGCCAAUAAAAUGUCUGCUAUAACAAUGUAAUUCCAAUUUACACUUAAACCUCAUCCAGCCCGAAAUAUUAAUCAGAGUGUACUCUUUCGCCUCGACUGACCUUAUGGCGGUCAGUAGAAACUGCAACAAUAUAGAUAGAACUAGGGGCGGAAAAACUACACCAUUAAAAAAACAAUCAUUCAAUACACAAUACAGCCUACAAAGUCCUCACCAGUGAUAUUUGGACCUCCAGGGCAACUGAGAGGUUCCUGACCAUGAGUGUUCAUUAUAUUUUGAACUUGCUGAUGAAAAGUGAAGUGUUACAAACUCAUUGACUGUAUGAGAGCCACAUGCAACAACCACACACUUAGCUGA